AUGCUGCCGACGCAGAAACCAACUCAGGCCACCAAUCUGAGGAAGAGGGUCGUCAGGGCCACGGUCGUCGUCACCUCGAUGGUAGUGAUGGCUGCAAUACUUAUGUAUGGCAUGGGAGCUGUCGGCUUCAGCCUGCUACAGACACAGCCCCAGGUGUACGACUUCGAGGUUGUGAAUGAGUACCCCCAUGACCCUGCAGCAUUCACCCAAGGUCUGCUGUACGAUGAGGAGUGCAACUCUACAGGAGAAUGCAAGGGGAUAUUCUGGGAGUCAACUGGACUGUAUGGCAGGUCAACUGUCAGGAAGGUGGACAUGGAAACGGGGGAGGUGCUGAUGGUGACGCACAACGAGCCAGAGCACUUCGGCGAGGGCCUGGCGAAGUUGAAUGGACUGCAUCAGCUGCUGUGGCGGAUCGGCCUUGGCUUCACGUAUGACACCAAAACGCUCGAACGGAAUGGCACCUUCGACACUGGAUUGAGGGAUGGGUGGGGUCUGACGACCGACGGCAAAUGGCUGCUUGCCACGGACAGCGGGCCCAAGCUGUACUGGCUGGAUCCUGAAACACACAUGGUGGAAAAGUCGUUGACCGUCACAGAUGGGGGACAGGCUGUAAAGAAGCUCAACGAGCUGGAGUGGAUCGAGGGGGAGGUUUGGGCCAAUGUGUGGCUGACGGACUGCAUCGCAAGAAUAGACCCCAACAAUGCACAAGUGACUGGCUGGGUCAUGCUACAGAGCCUGACGGCGGGGCUGCGCGCACGGAAGCUUCCACAGAAGGAUCGGAUGGACGUCUUGAAUGGGAUCGCAUGGGACGAAACGCGAAGACGCAUUUUCGUCACAGGCAAACUUUGGCCCCGCAUGUUUGAGAUCAGUCUGGUGCGGAGACCCAACGUGGGCGAAGAAGAGCUGCAAAAAUUGCGUACAAUGUGCAUUCCACGGUGA